CGAUGUUUCAGCACUCUGCGUCAUAGUCAAUCACGCAUAAAAAGUGGGCUAACUGCAAGACUUCUUCGUGGUCUUACCUCAAUAACAGUUGUGAACCUCACCUGUAAACCAUGAAAUUUUUGGCUGUCGUUUUGGCUUUGGCCGUCUUCGCCCAGGCGGCUGAGAUCCCUAAACUUCGCAACAAGUUGUUCCCCAGGUCGGAUCUCUUCCCCCGUGCUCCAGUACCUCAAGGACCCGGUUAUUUCGAGCCAACCAAACAAGCCCGCACUGUCGAUACCCGCGGCUUCUGCGGUCAGCGUAAAGUCGAUUCCAGCCGCAUCGUUGGCGGAGUAGAAGCUGUCCCCCAUGAGUUCCCCUGGCAAGUGGCCAUCACCAUCGAUGGCGGUAGCUUCUGCGGAGGCAGCCUCAUCUCUCCCGACUGGGUUUUGACCGCCGCUCACUGCGCUGAUGGCGCCAGCCGAUUCAGCAUCCUUUUGGGAGCUCACGAUCGCACCGCUAACGAGCCAUCCCAAGUCACCGUCUCCACUACCACCUACACCGUCCACCCCGGAUGGAAUCCUUCCACUUUGGCCGAUGAUCUUGCCCUCAUCCGCUUGCCAUCCCCCGUUGCCUUCACCCCUGAAAUCCAGCCCAUCUGCUUGGCACCCGCCACCGAGCCCAACCACGUCGGAGAUACUCUCUUGGUCAGUGGAUGGGGUAAGACUGCCGAUGGCGUCUUGGAAGGUGUUUCACCGACCCUCAACAAGGUGACUGCUCCGGGCAUCACCACCGCCGAAUGCGCUGCCGUUUACGGCGACAUCAUCACCGACAACAUCUUGUGCAUCGACACCACCGGUGGUCACGGAUCCUGCAACGGUGACUCUGGCGGCCCAUUGAGCUUCGACAAUGCCGGUGUUUACAACCAGGUCGGUAUCGUCAGCUUCGGUGCUCGUGCCGGUUGCGCCGACGGAUUCCCCGCUGGAUUCACCCGUGUUUCUAGUUACAGCCAAUGGAUCGCUGACGUCACUGGUCUGAUCAUCUAGAUUUUGUUGUCCAUUAUUUUGCUGUUUAUUUUUGUUUGACACUGGUCUUGUUGUUGAUGAUGUUCGAUGUAUCAAUGUUAAACAUCAAUACACCGAGGCUUGUUUAAAAAGAAA